UUAAUAAACACAUGCCUACAAACUAGUUUCUCUCUCUCAUUUGCUCUUUUCAAGAACCAUCCCAGCUUCGUUUCUGGGAUAGGCUUUUUUUCCGCAGCAGUCAAAUCUCAGCCUAAAUGAUGUAGAGCACUUUGGCUUCUGAUUUUGAGCUCAAAGAAACUAAUAGUCUCAAACAGAAUAUCUGAAACUAAUAAAUGAAUCUGAAGAAUCUGAUGGAAGACAAGAAACUGGAUUUUAAUCAGCCUCUUUUAUCUGUGAGGAGAGUUUCAUCAACCGCGGUCCCCUCACAAGCUGAAAACAAAGGGAAAGCUGAUAAUUCAUUACCCAAAAUACCUCCCCUUCCUGUUUACAAGUCAGAGCUGAAAUCAGGUCCAGUGAGGAACGCAGGAACUGUUCCUUUCAUUUGGGAAAAAACCCCAGGAAAACCCAAGGAUGAAAGGAAAGCACAAACUUUGACUCGUGAACAGCCUCAUAUCGGCCCAAAGCUUCCACCUGGAAGGGUUCCAAACGUCAAACAGCAAGAUUGGGAUAAAGGUUCUAAAGCUAUGACUAUUACUGAGUACAAAACAGAAAAUUUCCUCCCCAGUUCUCAAAAUAUUUCAUCUCUGGAUAAAAAUGUGAAUAAAUAUGAGAGCUUCAAAGAGAAGAUGGAGGUGAGGGAGGGUUCUGGUUCAGAGGAUGGUGACGAGGCCUAUUUAGAUGCACUUGAUACAAUUUCUAGGACAGAAUCAUUCUUUAUGAACUGCAGCAUAAGUGGGUUGAGUAGCUUGGAUGCUCCAGAUGGUAAACCAUCUGGAGCGUUCUCAAUGGAUCCACAAACUCGGGAUUUCAUGAUGGGUCGUUUCUUACCUGCAGCAAAGGCAAUGGCUUCUGAAACACCUCAACAUGCUACUUGGAAGCAACCUAUUCUACGAGAGCAACCGGGGCAGUUAGAGAAGUUGGUAACUAGGGAUAAGCGUGGUCCACUAAGUCAGUAUAGACCAAAUGUUGUACCCCAUCAUGCCCAUGAUAUAGGUGGGAAAGAAAGUGAAGAUGAAGCUGAUGAUUAUGAUGGAUCUGAAAUUUCAUCAGCUAGAGUUUGUGGGUUAUUUCCUAGGUUUUGCUUUAAAAAUUCUUUUUGCCUUUUGAAUCCUGUACUGGGUAUGAGCAUGCAGACAGGGUUACCCAUUUCUUCUGUCCGCAGAGUGAAGGCAAAAUCUUUAUAUUCGGGUUCUUGCAAUGAACCUGAAAAAGAGCAUGAUGGGGAUGCUGUAUAUGAGCAAAGAUCACUAGAUGGACAUGCAACAGCUAAACUGCAUGAAGAAAGUGAUUGUGGGAAAUCAGAUGAAACAUCUCUGAUAAGGCAUUUGCAGGGUAAUGGCAUAUCAGCCUGCCAGAGUGAAUCUUGCCUUUCUCUCCAUGAAGCAAAGGGUUUUCUUGGUUUUUCUGAAAAAGCUAAGAAUUCCAGGGUGAAUGGAUCGGAUUUUGAUAGAAAAGGCCACAACAUUUUUCAAGAAUUAUUGGCCAAUGAGAGUACUGAAUGGGAAUCAGGCUCUUUGAGUCCCGUGGUUGAGAAAACACUCUAUAUUGAUUCUGUACAUACAGUAAAAUCUCGAAAUUCAAAUUCAAGUUCUUCAGAUAUGAGGGGUUUAACUGAUUACAUAGAGGAUGAUUUUAGGAUUCCUGUAAAAAGUAGUGAAACGGAAAAAAGCCCUUCAGUAGAUUCUUCAGUUCAAGAUUUAAAGCACUUGAGUUCAGUGGAUAAAAAGGCAAAAGUGCGACUUGAAAGUUCGGAGUCUGUUGAUGCCUGUUUUCUGUCUUGUUGGGACAGAUCCAAUCAUGACAUACAAAUGGAAAUGGUGAAUGAUUCCGAACAGGAUCAGGAUCUUACUCUUGAUUCUAUUCAACUGACAAGCUCAAAAGAUACUAAGAAAUUUGAUUCAGAAAUCCAGCAGCCCUUAAAAUCAGGUGAUUCAGAAGGUACUCACGGCCUUACUCAGGAUUCUAGUAUAUUGACAAGCUCUAAAGUGGCUGACAUUGGGAAGAUUGGUUUAGAAAACCGACGGCCUAAGAAAUCUUAUACUCGAGAAAGUUCUGGUGGUCUUAUUCAGGAUUCUGUCACAUUUGCAAGCUUAAAAGUGGGUGAGAAGAUUGAUUUAGAAAACCAACGGCCUAAAACAUUAGGUAAUGAAGAGACUUCUCAUGGCAAGUAUCCACACCUUCCUCUCGGCCCACCAUUACCAAAAUCGCCAUCUGAGUCUUGGCUAAAGCGUACUCUGCCUACCAUUUGCUCAAGGAAUUUAUCUUCAAGGUCUUCUCUUGCCAUGAGCAUUAAUACUAGAAACCCAUCUUCCAAGACAACCGCUCUUGAUUCGAACUGGGAAACAAUUGUUAAAACUUCCAAUGCUCGACAUGGGCAUUUGCGGUUCUCUGAGGAGUUACUGACACCUAUACCAGAAGCUUAAGAGUUUGGAAGCUUUAUCUGACGUCCGUGCACUCUUGCAUUUGGCUGGAAUGUGCAUCACUUUGUGGUGUUGAAGAUAGUCAAAGUUAUUUUUUUCCAUGUCAUUUUUUUCUUUUCUUUCGGAGGCUUUCCCUUUUUGGUUUCUAUACUCAGAAGUCAGUAUAUAAUCACGAGUGUAAAUCAACAUCCCAAUGCACCCUGUAAUAAGAAUUUUUGACCAGUUAUUCUCUUGUAAAUCUCAUCAACUUGUUGAACUAAACCAAAGUUUUUUUUUCCUUUCA